GUCGCGAGAUCGAUAUUGCGCAUCGCCCCAAUCCUCCGCAAAGCAGCCGCAAUCAUGUCAAAGGCAGCAAAAGGCGCCGCGGGCGGAGUCGACACAAUCGUCAAGCUGAUUGUGGGCGCCGGCCAGGCCAGUCCCAGCCCUCCAGUUGGUCCUGCUCUGGGAAGCAAGGGUGUCAAGUCUAUGGACUUUUGCAAGGAAUUCAACGCCAGAACCGCCAACAUCGUGCCUGGAACGCCAAUGCCGUGCCGAGUCACCGUCCGGCCAGACCGGUCGUUCACCUUUGAUCUCAGAACACCGCAGACAUCCUGGCUGCUGCUCAAUGCGGCCGGAGCGCCAGUGGGCAAGAAGGGAAACAGAAAAGGCGUCAGCAAGCCUGGCCACGAGACGGUUGGCACCAUCAGCUUGAAGCACGUCUACGAAAUCGCAAAGAUUAAGCAGUCGGAACUUCGACUCUCUGGACUAUCGCUGGAGGGACUGUGCCGGUCCGUUAUUUUCCAGUGCAAAUCAAUAGGAAUCGAUGUGGUGGCUUGACGAAAUAAUGAUACCAACCAAAAAAAGCAAGGAAAAUGCCAAAAAAAGAAGAAAAGAAUUGAAUAAAGAAUUGAACAAAAGAGGUGUUCUGGUGACGGUUUCGGUCAUCUCAGCAUAAGUCAAAAACAAGCUGUCUGAGAUGGUGUACAACAAAAAUACUAGGGAGAUACGAAAGUGUACGAUCAAGUUUCGAAAGACAUAUAUAUCAUAGACAUGGACAAUUACUCCUUUCCAAUUUAAGGCAUCUUUUUUCA